AUGCUUCCUCCACAAAUCUGGCUAUCAUUUAAGAACAAACUUGUUACCGUUCAAACGAAGGAGCUCGUAUACGUUAUUAACCUCGCGCAGGCAGCAAAAACCGAGUUCCCGAGUUCUUUGCGUGACUUCGACACACCGGAUAUCACCCUGCAUACCUCUGAGGACGCAGAGGCGCUGACUUCAGACUCAGCCCUUGCAGAAAUCGCCCCAGAACUCUCCCUUUGUGCGGCCUCGAAGACUCCUCUCAUAGUGAAAGUCAAAUUGGAUGUUGCCCCGCAGACUCGUCUUAUAGCAAAAGGCAUUCCUGCCAUAAUCUGGCUAUCGUUCAAGGGUAACCUCGUCAGCGUUGAAACGAAGGGACUGGUCUUUGUUAAUCAACUUGCGAAGGCGGCAAGAGACGAAUUCCCAAGUUCAUUGGGUGGCUUCGACACGCCGGAUAUCACCCUACAUACCACUGAGGAUGCAGUGGCGCUGACUUCAGACUCAGCCCUUGCAGAAAUCGCCGCAGAACUCUCCCCUUGUGCCGUCUCGAAGACUCCUCUCAUAGUGAAAGCCUCGAAAUUUAUACCGGAUUUGCAUUUGCACGUCCACGCGGAAAUCAUACGCUUUUGGAAGGCUUUACCAGAGGCCACCUUGGUUACCAACGGGGAGGUGCAAUAUUUGGAGCUAAAAGAAGGAUACGUCCUGGGAGAUAAAAAGCUUGGUUCCCGCUUCCUUGUGCGCCCAGUUUACAAAGAGCUCUACGAUUAUAUUGUGGAUUUCAAUUAUUCCAAAGUGGUCGUUACCGGUACUCCUGGGAUUGGAAAAACCAUCUUUUCCGCUUACUACAUGUGGAUCGCUGCGUGCAAUCAAAAAACUGUGGUGUGGGAGCCUUGCCCAUCUCGAAAGGGCGGUAGAGCAACCUUCUUGAUGACAUCAGGCGGCGUUCAACGGGUAAAUAUCGACAGUCAUGAGGUUGGCGAGAUUCUUGUCAACGACGAAACAGUUUACAUCGUGGAUGGUCAACCUCCAACAAAGUGCGAAGCUCAGACUCUCGUCGUCACCUCUCCACUAGGCGAGAAUUACGUUCAAUAUCUCAAAACAAGUGGUACAAAGCUAUUGUAUAUGCCGCCUUGGACUUACGAGGAAUUGCGAAAUUGCAAAACCAUUAUCUAUCCAGAUGACCAAAUAUUACCCACAGCGCUCAUGGACCGGCUUUUCGAGUGGUACGGCGGUGUGCCGAGAUACGUCGUUGAUUUGGCCUCGGUUGAAUUCGAAAAACAUGGAAACGAAGACGAGGUGGUGAGAGAUCUGGUCCGGAAUCUGACUCAAGCCGUCUACAAAGGUCAAGUGACUGAUAUCAAGAAAGCACAUGACUCUGGAACUCGUGAAGGAGAAUAUUCCCAUCGUGUGCUACACAUUUGUAGUCACCCUAGCGGACGUGUCAAUGAGUUUUGCGUGAGAUUUGCAUCACUCAGAGUCGCGCAAGCCGUGAUCGAAAGAAUCGAGGAGGAACUUCGCACUGACCUGCAGAACUUCCUCCGGACUUGCUCCGAUAGCAGCGGUCUACGUGGACUGCUAUUUGAGCCAUACACUUUCAAAAUGUUGCGAGAAGGCGGAAGGUUUCCAGUCCGUCGACUUUGUAAACAAGAUACCCCAAACGAGCAGGACGUUAGCGUCGAGUUUGCCGCAACUGAACGUCGAACCUUCCGAAGUUACGAAGAAGUGGACCUACGCACCAACGUGUUCUGGCAGCCGGUCAGUAAACAACUCCCAUCGAUCGAUUCAUUGCUUGGACCCGCAAAUUUUUUCCAAGCGACGGUUUCCAAAACACAUCCAAUCAAGCAUCAAGGCCUCAGCAAGGCUCUAGAGCUGGUGGACGAGUCCGAAUGUCGCCCUAAGCUUUACUUUGUGGUUCCAUCCGAAAUCUAUCCGACCUACAAAUCACAGCCAUAUCAUACCAAAUGUGGGAAAGUAUUCAUGGGAAACCUUGGUGGCGUUGGCAAAGUAGAGCAGUGGGUUUUGAUGAUUCCAAUGGGAGGUGAGUGGCCGGUGAGAGAAGAAGAGUAACCCG